CUGGAACACAGUCAGGAUGUCUAGAAAUAAUUAGCCCGGGUUUGAGGUGUGUAAACACAGGGUUAAAGAGCAAAGUGCCGACCCUUUGAAACACUUGAGUUUCAGUGUGUCUGGAUGUCUACAUUCAUAAGUAUGGAGAGUCCACAGGAGACGAUCAUGAGGAUCUCACAGGAGCUUGGCUGUAGCCCCACGUCACGCAGGGUGGCAGAAUAUCUGGACCAACAUGAUGAGAUCGCACACCUGCGACAGGAGUUUCUCAUUCCUAAAAUAUCUGACCUGCCAUCAUCGGAGUUGUCACUGCUUGAUGAUUCUGAAGAUUGUGUUUAUUUUGUGGGCAAUUCUUUGGGUUUACAGCCCAAAAGUGCAAAAAAAUAUAUUGAUGAGGAAUUAGAAAAAUGGGCCAAAACGGGUGUUCAUGGUCACACGGACGGUUCACGGCCUUGGGCCUGGGCUGAAAACGAUCUAGAGGGUCUGAUGGCAAAUGUUGUGGGUGCUAAACAAGAGGAAGUGGCUUUGAUGAAUGGAUUGACCGUCAAUUUACAUCUUCUAAUGCUUUCCUUCUAUAAACCGACUCCAAAGCGGCACAAAAUUAUUCUGGAGGACCGUGCCUUUCCAUCGGACCACUAUGCUGUGGAAUCUCAGAUUCGUCUUCGAGGGUUCAGUCCUGACGACAGCAUGCUGCUUAUUAAACCUAGACAGGGUGAAGAGAUCCUAAGAACGGAGGAUAUCCUGUCCGUUAUCGAGCGGGAGGGGGACAGUGUGGCUCUGGUCAUGUUCAGCGCCGUUCAGUAUUACACCGGUCAGUUUUUCGACAUGGAGGCCAUUACAAAAGCAGGACACGCUAAGGGAUGUUUGGUGGGAUUUGAUUGUGCUCACGCUGUAGGAAACGUAGAGCUGCGACUUCAUGGCUGGAAUGUAGAUUUUGCCUGCUGGUGCUCCUAUAAGUAUGUGAAUUCAGGGGCAGGGGGUUUGGCAGGUGCUUUUAUACACGAGAAGCACAUGGAUACAGUCAGACCAGCGCUGGUGGGCUGGUGGGGACAUGAACUGAAAACCAGAUUCUUGAUGAACAAUGAACUGAAGCUCCAGUCUGGUGUUAAUGGAUUUCGUCUGUCAAAUCAGCCAAUCUUACUAGUGUGCCCCCUACAGGCCAGUUUAGAGAUUUUUAACAAGACGAGCAUGAAGGACUUGAGGACGAAGUCUGUGCUUCUGACAGGCUAUCUGGAGUACCUCCUCGAACAUUACCACAGCAAAGAUGAGUCAAACCCAGACAAGGCCUACGUUGAGAUCAUCAGUCCGUCAGAGCCGCAGGAGAGAGGCUGUCAGCUGUCCAUCUGCUUCUCACUGCCCAUCAGACUCGUGUUUAAAGAGCUGGAGAAGAGAGGAGUUGCGUGCGAUUUGAGAGAACCAAACGUUCUGCGGGUCGCUCCUGUCCCUCUGUACAACACCUUCACAGAUGUGCAUCGCUUUAUUACUGUUCUGGGAUCAGCUCUGAGCACCUCUAAUAAACUCCAGCGAAGCUGAACGCUGAUUCGACAUCUGGACCCCUUUGACAAGAUGUUAAAGUGUUUUUACUGGCUGUUAAUCAGCCAUCAUUUGAGUCAGUAUUUGUGUGAAUCAGUGUUUAAAAAUGGCAGUAAAGAUUCAUCUUCAAUUCACUUUCUGUUUUGUGUCUUUAAAUAGAGAAAUUGUGCUUAUAAUGAGGAUUGCUGGGAGAUCAUUUGAAUAUAAAGAAAGACUAAUAAGAUCACAUUGGUGACAUUGAGAUUGUUAACUUUUUUUGUGAUGAUCUUCAGAACAUUAUCAGAUCAUGCUGGUGACUCAUGUGUAUGUUCUAGAGUUGCACACCUCACCGCUGGCUGUGAGUCUCAUUUGUAUGAGUUGUUCUUUCACAAUUAGAAGAAAGUUUCUGACAUGUGCUACACUGACAGAGUGAGUCACUUUGACCGAUGUCUUUUCCAUUGUUACACUUUAUUGGCAGAUGGUAAAUGGAUGAACCUUUUUUUAAUUAUUUAAUAGUUAUUUAAUAUUUCAAAAUAGUUUAAGAGUAUUUGUUAAAGGAUAAUUUUACAGCGUGUAACAAUCGUGCGUUGUCAUUUACUCAACCUUAUGUGGUUCCAAACAUGUACGUGACUAUUUCAUAUGUGUAACACAGACAAUGAUAUUUUGGGAAGUGGUUUUGUGUCCAUACAAGGUGAGUUAAUGCGGGCAAGUGUUGUUUGGUCAUCAACAUCCUUAAAAAUAUCAUCUUUUGUGUUCUGCAGAUAAAAGAAGUUCAGGUUCUAUGUUUGGAAUGACAUGAUUGUGAUUAAAUGAAUGAAUGAAUUUUCA